UCAAAUGUGCAUGUUUCCCACAUGUGAAUUCUGCACUUCGAAAAUGUAUUAUGACUUUCAUAUGAUACGUCCACAGCAGGGGCGGACUGACAACUCAUGAGGCCUCCGGACAAUUGGGGAUCAUUGGGCCCCUGUGUCCUUGCCCACACUCAAAACGCACCCAAAAAAGCCUAUAAAAGGUACCAGGGGCAUCUCAUGGGGCCAGCUACUGACCCCGGGCCCUCAGGCAGUGCCCGAGUUUCCAAA